UGGCUGAUCACACAGCGGAAGGGAAUUCCCUAAAAGUUGCUCUGCCGAGUGAGGCAAGGACACACCGUCGUCUACACGUAGAACAUCGAAACAGAACCUCUCCUAGUCCUACCAGGAGACGAAGGAGUUGGUUUCCUUGGAUAAAAAUGAAAAAGCUCUUCGUUUUAGGAAUUAUAGGCCUUCUUUUCGUUGCUGCUGUAUCAGCAGCAGACGACACUGAAGGGGAGGAGAAGGUUAGUGAAGACUUAGGCAAGUCUAGAGACGGGUCCCGGACUGACGAUGAGGCCGUUCAAAGGGAGGAGGAAGCCAUUAAGAUAGACGGACUAAAUGUUGCUCAAAUGAAAGAGCUGCGCGAGCAGUCGGAGAAGUUUGAAUUCCAAGCGGAGGUUGAUCGUAUGAUGAAACUCAUCAUCAACUCCCUCUACAAAAACAAAGAAAUUUUCUUGAGAGAGUUGAUCUCCAACGCCUCUGAUGCCCUGGACAAGAUACGGUUCCUGGCACUCACAGACACCAGCGCACUAUCAGCCACAGAUGAACUGUCGAUAAAGAUAAAAGCCGACAAGGACAACCAUGUUCUCCACAUAACAGACACUGGUAUUGGAAUGACCAAGGAUGAUCUGGUCAAGACUGGAACUAUUGCCAAAUCGGGAACGAGUGACUUCUUGGCCAAACUGGGAGAUGCGUCGGCAACUGAGAGCAGUGAUCUGAUUGGACAGUUUGGUGUCGGAUUCUACUCAUCCUUCCUGGUUGCGGACCGCGUGGUGGUGACGUCCAAGAACAACGAUGAUGAGCAGUACAUCUGGGAGUCUGAUGCCCAGCAAUUCAGCAUUGCCAAGGAUCCUCGUGGAAAUACCCUCGGCAGAGGAACCACAGUUAGUCUUCACCUGAAGGAAGAGGCCCACGACUUCCUGGAAGAGUACACUCUGAAGGAGAUUGUCAGGAAGUACAGCCAGUUUAUCACCUUCAACAUCCAUCUCUGGACCAGCAAGACUGAGGAGGUUGAUGAGCCUGUAGAGGAGGAGGAAGAGAAGAAGGAAGAUGCUGAUGCAGAGAAGAAGGAAGAUGAGGAUGAGGAUGGCAAGGUGGAGGAGGAUAAGGAUGAAGAUAAGCCUAAGACCAAGAAAGUCAGCAAGACUGUCUGGGACUGGGAACUCAUGAACAGUGUUAAGCCCAUCUGGACCAGGAAAACUGGUGACAUCGAGGACAGUGAAUACAACGAGUUCUACAAGUCCAUCAGCAAGGACUCCGAUGACCCCAUGGCUAGGACCCACUUCACAGCAGAAGGAGAGGUGACCUUCAAAUCCAUCUUGUAUGUCCCCAAGGCCUCGCCAUCAGACAUGUUCCAGAACUACGGCAAGAGGCUGGAAGCCAUUAAGAUGUACGUAAGACGUGUGUUUAUCACCGAUGACUUCGAAGACAUGAUGCCCAAGUACCUCUCAUUCGUCCGUGGAGUGGUCGACUCUGAUGACUUGCCCCUGAACGUGUCCCGAGAGACUCUGCAGCAACACAAGCUCCUGAAGGUCAUCAAGAAGAAGCUGGUGAGGAAGACCCUGGACAUGCUCAAGAAGAUGACCAAGGAUGACUACGAUGCCUUCUGGAAGGAGUACAGCACCAACAUCAAACUGGGUGUGAUCGAAGACACCUCCAACCGUACCCGUCUUGCCAAGCUGCUGAGAUUCGCCUCCUCCAACUCUGACACCGAGAUGACAUCACUGGCAACGUACAUAGAACGGAUGAAGGAGAAGCAGGACGCCAUCUACUUCAUCGCUGGAACCAGCAGGGAUGAGGUAACCAAGUCCCCCUUUGUGGAGCGUCUGCUGAAGCGUGGUUUCGAGGUUCUGUACCUGACAGAGCCUGUAGAUGAGUACUGCAUCCAGUCUCUGCCUGAAUUCGAGGGCAAGAAGUUCCAGAAUGUGGCUAAAGACGGCCUGAAGCUAGAUGACUCGGAGAAGUCGAAGGAGAGGAAGGAAGAAUUGGAGAAGGAAUUCGAACCUCUUCUCACCUGGAUGAAGGACGAUGCUCUCAAGGAUAAGAUUGAGAAGGCCACCGUGUCCGAGCGUCUGACCACAUCCCCCUGUGCCCUGAUCGCCAGUCAGUUCGGCUGGUCUGGCAACAUGGAGAGAAUCAUGAGAGCCCAAGCCUACGCCAAAGCCAAGGACCCAACUCAGGACUUCUAUGCCAAGCAGAAGAAGACUCUGGAAGUCAACCCCCGCCAUCCCUUGAUCAAGGAGCUCAGACGCCGAGUCGAAAGCAACAAGGAUGAUCAGACGGCAAAGGACCUGGCUGUUGUGAUGUUCGAGACAGCAACCGUCCGAUCUGGAUAUACUGUUCUGGAUUCUGCCGGGUUUGCUGAGCGUGUGGAGCGCAUGCUGCGACUCAGUCUGGACAUUCCUCUCGAUGCUGCGAUUGAUGAGGAGCCAGAGGAAGAAGCCGAGGUUGCUGAAGAGGAGGAGGAAAUAAACGCUGACGCUGAUGACAAACCAGAAGAAAAAACAGAAGAAAAGGAAACAUGCACCUUCUGCAGCAGAAAGCUGAUGUUCCUCUUCAAGAAGGAAGAUGCCAUGAAGGACUCUGAUGGUGAUGGCAUCCCUGAUCACCUUGACAAAGAUGACGAUAAUGAUGGCAUCCCUGAUCACCUCGAUGGAGAUGAUGAUGGAAAUGGUAUCCCUGACGACAAGCAGGUUGAUUCAGAUGGUGACGGUAUCCCUGACUACCUUGAUGAGGAUGAUGACAACGAUGGCAUCCCUGAUCACCUCGAUGACCAGAAAAACGUGGACACUGAUGGUGACGGUAUCCCUGAUUAUCUCGAUGAUGAUGACGAUAAUGAUGGAAUUCCUGACCAUCUUGACAAUGAUGAUAAUGGUGAUGGUAUACCUGAUGACAAGGAGAAGGAUAGCGAUGGAGACGGCAUCCCAGACUAUCUUGAUGAUGACGAUGAUAAUGAUGGCAUCCCUGACCAUCUCGAUAAUGAUGAUGACGGUGAUGGAAUCCCUGAUGACCAAGAAAUUGACACAGAUGGUGAUGGCAUCCCAGAUUAUUUGGAUGACGAUGACGAUAAUGAUGGAAUUCCUGACCAUCUGGAUGAUGAUGAUGAUGGUGAUGGUAUCCCUGACAACCAGGAGAAGGACACAGAUGGAGAUGGCAUCCCAGAUUAUCUAGAUGAUGAUGAUGACAAUGAUGGCAUCCCUGACCAUCUUGAUAAUGACGCUGAUGGUGAUGGCAUCCCUGAUGAUGAGGAAAUUGAUACUGAUGGUGAUGGCAUCCCAGAUCAUUUGGAUGACGAUGAUGAUGGUGACGGGAUACCUGAUCACUUAGACAAUGAUGAUGAUGGCGAUGGUAUCCCAGAUCACAAAGAACUAGACACAGAUGGUGAUGGCAUCCCAGAUUAUCUAGACGAUGAUGAUGACAAUGAUGGCAUCCCAGAUCAUUUAGAUGAUGACGAUGAUGGGGAUGGUAUCCCAGACAGCCAGGAGGUUGACACAGAUGGUGAUGGAAUUCCCGACUACCUUGAUGACGAUGAUGACAAUGAUGGAAUUCCAGAUUAUUUGGACGAUGACGAUGAUGGUGAUGGUAUUCCUGAUUCUCAAGAACUUGACACAGAUGGUGAUGGUAUUCCAGACUAUCUUGAUGAUGAUGACGACAAUGAUGGUAUCCCUGACUACCUUGAUGAUGACGAUGAUGGUGAUGGUAUACCAGACAGCCAGGAGGUGGACACAGAUGGUGAUGGAAUUCCUGAUUACCUUGAUGAUGAUGAUGACAAUGAUGGAAUUCCGGAUCAUCUUGAUGACGAUGAUGAUGGAGAUGGGAUUCCUGAUAGUCAAGAACUUGACACAGAUGGGGAUGGAAUUCCUGACUAUCUUGAUGAUGACGACGACAAUGAUGGUAUCCCAGAUCAUUUGGAUGAUGACGAUGAUGGUGAUGGCAUUCCUGAUAGUUUCGAGAGGGAUACGGAUGGUGACGGCAUUCCAGAUUAUCUUGAUGAUGAUGAUGAUAAUGAUGGUAUCCCUGAUUACCUUGAUGAUGAUGAUGAUGGCGAUGGAAUUCCUGACAGCGAAGAGUUAGAUACUGAUGGGGAUGGCAUCCCAGAUGACAUUGAUGAUGACGAUGACAAUGAUGGAAUUCCAGACUAUUUGGAUGAUGACGAUGAUGGUGACGGAAUACCUGAUUCUCAAGAACUUGACACAGAUGGUGAUGGUAUCCCAGAUUACCUUGAUGAUGACGAUGACAAUGAUGGCAUCCCUGACCAUCUUGAUAAUGACGAUGAUGGUGAUGGCAUUCCUGAUGACCAAGAAACUGACACGGACGGUGAUGGAAUUCCAGAUCACUUGGACCUGGAUGACGAUGGUGAUGGGAUUCCAGACCAUCUGGAUAAAGAUGAUGAUGGUGAUGGCAUUCCUGAUGACAAGGAUCAAGACACUGAUGGAGAUGGCAUCCCAGACUAUCUGGAUGACGAUGAUGACAAUGAUGGCAUCCCAGAUCAUUUGGACAAUGAUGAUGAUGGUGAUGGUAUCCCAGAUGACCAGGAAAUUGAUUCUGAUGGUGAUGGAAUCCCAGAUCAUUUGGAUGAUGAUGAUGACAAUGAUGGUAUACCAGAUGAACUUGAUGAUGAUGAUGAUGGUGAUGGAAUUCCCGACUGGCAAGAAGUUGAUACCGAUGGUGAUGGCGUUCCGGACUACCUAGAUGAUGAUGACGAUGGUGAUGGCAUUCCGGAUAGUGAGGAUGAUGAUGAUGAUGGUGAUGGUAUCCCUGAUAACCAAGAAGGUGAUUCAGAUGGAGAUGGUAUUCCAGACUACUUGGAUGAUGAUGAUGACAAUGAUGGCAUCCCAGACAGUGAGGAGGGUGACACAGAUGGUGAUGGAAUUCCAGACUAUCUUGAUGAUGACGAUGAUGGUGAUGGAAUCCCCGACUGGCAAGAAAAGGACACAGAUGGAGAUGGUGUCCCAGAUUAUCUCGAUGACGAUGAUGAUGGAAAUGGUAUUCCAGACUAUCAGGAAGUAGAUUCCGACAAUGAUGGAAUUCCUGACUAUUUGGACGAUGACGAUGACAAUGAUGGAAUUCCUGAUCAUUUGGAUGAAGAUGAUGAUGGGGAUGGUAUUCCAGAUUAUCAAGAGGUUGACACAGAUGGUGAUGGUAUUCCAGAUUAUCUUGAUGAUGAUGAUGAUAAUGAUGGCAUUCCAGAUGAUGAAGAUGAUGAUGAUGACGGUGAUGGAAUUCCUGAUCAUUUAGCUGUUGACACAGAUGGAGAUGGCAUUCCUGAUCAUCUGGAUGAUGAUGAUGAUAAUGAUGGCAUCCCAGACCACCUUGACAAUGAUGACAAUGGCAAUGGUAUUCCUGAUGACCAAGAGUUAGAUACAGAUGGUGAUGGUAUCCCAGACUAUCUUGAUGAUGACGAUGACAAUGACGGUAUUCCUGAUCAUCUUGACGAUGACGAUGACGGUGAUGGCAUCCCUGAUUCUCAAGAACUUGAUACAGAUGGUGAUGGUAUCCCCGACUAUCUGGAUGACGAUGAUGACAAUGAUGGCAUCCCUGAUGCUCUUGAUGAAGAUUCAGAUGGUGAUGGAAUUCCUGACUACCAGGAAAUUGAUACUGAUGGGGAUGGCAUCCCUGACUAUCUGGAUGAUGACGAUGAUAAUGACGGUAUCCCUGAUCAUCUUGAUGACGAUGACGAUGGUGAUGGCAUCAAGGAUGAAGAUCAAAUUGAUACAGAUGGAGAUGGAAUUCCUGAUCAUUUGGAUGAUGAUGAUGAUGGUGAUGGAAUCCCAGACCACUUGGACAAGGAUGAUGAUGGCGACGGUAUCCCUGAUGACCAGGAGAGGGACACGGAUGGGGAUGGUAUACCAGACUACCUAGACGAUGAUGAUGAUAAUGAUGGAAUUCCUGAUGAUGAAGAUGAGGAUCAAGAUGGGGAUGGAAUUCCUGAUGAACUUGAACAAGACACAGAUGGAGAUGGAAUUGUAGAUUUUUUCGAUGAUGACGAUGAUAAUGAUGGAAUUCCAGAUGUUAGUGAUACUGAUGCCAAUGGCAAUGGAAUCCCUGACUUUAUGGAGAAAGACAGUGAUGGAGAUGGUAUUCCAGAUUAUAUUGAUGAUGAUGAUGACAAUGAUGGCAUCCCAGAUGUUUUGGAUAAUGAUGAUGAUGGUGACGGCAUACCUGAUGACAAAGAAGACUUUGAUGGGGAUGGGAUACCUGACUACAUGGAUCUGGAUGCUGAUGGUGAUGGCAUCCCUGACAAGCUCCCGGAUCAGGAUGGUGAUGGCAUCCCUGACCAUCUUGAUGAUGAUGAUGACAAUGAUGGCAUCCCAGAUGACAAGGAAGAUGCUGAUGGUGAUGGGAUUCCUGACUACCUGGAUGAGGAUGCUGAUGGUGAUGGCAUACCAGACAGAGAGGUUGACACUGAUGGAGAUGGUAUUCCCGACUACCUGGAUGACGAUGAUGACAAUGACGGAAUUCCUGACAGACUUGACGAUGAUGAUGAUGGGGAUGGCAUCCCUGAUAGUGAGGAGAAGGGACAAUGUGAUAAGGAUGGAUGUAAACUUGACCCCAAGAAAAGGUUGAAGAGGAAGAAGAAAGGAGGAAGUCAUUCUGAGAGCAGCCUCUUCUCCCAGAUGGCAAGUUCCUUGAUGGGCAUGUUUGAUGUAGAGGAUGACAAGGAUGGAACCAAAGAAGAACCUGCAGUGAAAUAUGCUCCAAUCAAGCAGAAGGCCCAUGAAGAGAAGUAUGACAUUGUUGAACUACUGUCUGAAAGAUUCUUUGGAGUAGAAUCGAAAUAUAAUGAUGACGAUAACAAUAAUGACAAAGAUAAGAAACCUGGAAAGGAUGUUGAGGUAGAUGAAGAUGUUAAAGCAAAACUGGCGAAAAAGAAGGCCCAGAUGCAAGUGCUUCAGAAUGCCAGAAUGAAGCAACUGGCUGCAGACAAGAAGCUUCCUCAGGUUGUCCGUGCUAAGCAGCAAGCUCAGCAGGUGGAGAGGCUCAAGCAGCAAGCAGUGAGAGAGGCAUCCAUUAGGAAAAUGAAAGCUGCCAAGGCUCAAGAGCAAGGCAAAGGCAAACAGCAAGUUCAAGGUAAAGGCAAGAAGUCAGGUCUUGGAACUGGUGAAGUUAAACCUGAAAAGAAGCAGCAGACACAAGCACCAGUCAAACCAGUUCAAGCUCAACAAGGGCAAAAGAAACCAGAUGUUAAAACUCAGGACAAACAACCAAAACAACAGCCAAAGCAAACUCAAAACAACAGCCAACACAACCACCCAAACAACAGGCAAAACAACCACCCAAACAACAGCCAAAGCAACAACCAAAACAACAGCCAGCACAACAACCAAAGCAACAGCCAAAACAACAACCUACGCAACCACCAAAACAACAGCCUAAGCAAGCUGUCCCACAAGGAAAACCACCUCAAGGCCAAGCAAAACCUCAAGGUCAGACCAAGCCUCAAGGUCAGGCCAAACCCCAAGGUCAAGCCAAACCUCAGACUCAAGCCAAACCCCAAGGUCAAGCAAAGCCUCAAGGUCAAUCAAAGCCUCAAGGUCAAGCCAAGCCUCAAGGCCAAGCCAAGCAUCAGCCUCAGCCACAACAAGCUGCCACAAAAGCAAAGCGUCCACAUGCGUAAUAAAAGAUGGAUCAUAGUGUACAGCUAUGAAUGCGCCGAGAGUCUGGAGUUGUUCUACAAACACAUUCCCUCCUUCCAGUCAAACUCUAAUCCCUUGCUACAUUCUUGUCCGAGAUAA